AGCCGCGGGUGGUGGUGGUGGUGGAGGCGAUGGGCGGGCGGCUGACACGCGUGUUCCGGACCUUCAACCUGGAGAGCCGGGCCCGCCGCGAGAUCAGCAAGGAGAAGCCCACCCCCGCCCCGCGGCACCCCACCUCCCGCCUGGACGAGCUGGCCGGUGGGUGCCGGGCCGGGGGGCGGCGCCGGAGGGGCUUGCCGGCGCGGUGUGGGGAGGGAGGGAGGUUGGCUGUGGGCCUGGCGGGGAGGCCGAGGCGCGGGAAGGGGAGCGAGAGUGCUGGGGGCGGGCUGCCUGGAGAGAUUUACAGAAAGGACGAUAGGCUCCUCACCUUGUUAAAAGAUGUUUAUGUGGAGUCCAGAGAUCCACCGGUGCAGGUAAAAGAUGGAGGUGGCGAAAAUCUUCCAUGUAAACAGGAGGAAAAGAGACUCACAAAACUAGGCAACUUGGGAGAUCUAGAUAUUCACAAAGUUCCCAAAGGCAAAAUUUCCAUUGUGGAGGCUCUGACACUUCUUAAUAAUCAUAAACUUCAUCCUCAAAUAUGGACUGCAGAGAAAAUAGCAGCGGAAUACAGUCUGGAACUGAAGGAGGUCAACUCUCUUCUGGAAUUCUUCAUUCCUUUUGCUGUGCAGGAAUUUCCUAAAGACACCAAAAAAGCUAUAAAACCAACAUAAAAAUAAUUACCAAAACCUUGUGUGAUCUUACUCGUGUCUUAAUUUUAUUCUUGAGUAUAUCAGUGUCUGAAAAGAGCUGGUAACGUGUCAUCCAACAAGGCUGCUUCCUUGUACCACCAGGAUGUAUUCAAGCUAUUCCAUUCUAUAUUGGGUGGCUUCAAUUAGAAGCAGCAAUUACAGGAUACAGUUUGUAAACCAGACUAUAAAUACUAAGUCCAGCAUGUCACAUGAUUCUGAUCAUCCCAUUUGUGUGUUAUAAGCUCAGUUAAAACAUGUAAGUUCUAGUGAGAACUUUUAAUUUAACAGAUUGCCUUUCUUAGCAGAGACUUCCCGGCCUUCAGCUGAAUCAGUGCCCUGUGUGUAUCAGCUCCGCAGCUUCACGACUUGCUCUCGAGGUGUCUGUACAUACAAACGGCUGUUUUUCUUUUGUAUAAAAAUGGAAUAGUGUUUUUACUUUGUAAAGAAGGUUAACCACAGGAGACUGGGGAAAUUCAGCUGUGUCAAAGUAAAAAGAAGGUGAAUAGCAAGAAGGCCUCUUCCUGCUGCUGGAGCAAUAACGGCUGGUGGUGUAGCUCCUCUUCCACACUCUUCUGAUUUAGCUUAGAUGUCUGCACCUCCCCAGGUGCUGGAGUGAUGAUCUUCUAGCAUCAGUCUCUUGCAGCAGUUUCUGGCACCUGUAGGAAAAAGUAAUUGUUCAUAUUAUAAUUAAGGGGUAGCUAUCAAAUGCAAUUGAAUCUACUAAUUGGACCCACUAGUAGAUCUUCUGUCAAUGUCUGCCUGUCCCACCACAAUAGUGGGGUUUCCCCAUGGAGGCCUUGUCUGCCUUACCCCAAUGUGGGCUUCCAUGGGGUCACAGUCCUUUCCCAGUGUCAGAGAAGGAGGCUGCAGCCUGUGAGGAGGUGACUGUGGACUGUAACCCUCCUGACACCGUCACCGUUCAGGUCUGUGCAGGUCAGGAAGACAUUCUGCACUGAGGAUUAAUGCUGUUGUGAAAACUGGUUUGUGUCUUCCAGAUAAGCUGGUGUGUGUGCAAUAAUCAGAAUUUAUAUUUAAGAAUGCGUUAUGGUUGCCUUUAUUAAAAAAAAAACAAACCAACCCCAAACUGUUCAUUUUAUGCAGUGCUAACAUCCCUAGUGCCCAGCACCAAAAAAGCUGAAUUUAUAAAGAGGAUGGAAGUCAGGACCGAGCCUACAAUAUAACUUAAGGUCCUAAAUUUCAGACUCUGGUAAAUAUCUUAGAAAGAAGAUGAUGAGCUUUGCCAUUUCACAGCAAGAUUCCUUCCGCUUCUCUGCCUGAGACAGCAGCAGGUAUUUCCAGUACAGCCUGCCACAGGGCAUUCAAGGGUUUCCUGGGUUCAUUUCUGAAGCACAUAAUGCUGUCCCUGAGCGGAAGGAAAUGCCACCUAAGUGCAUUGGCUGGAAAUUGGAAAUUGUUAGUGAUUUGGAUGUGUGGAUGGGGGACAGGCUUGUCAUUCUUCCUGGAAUGUAACGGGGACAGAGCUGCACUCGACCUGAUGCAUGUGAGUUACGCACCACAGGACAAUUCCUUUGUUUUCCACAAAAUGCUCUGUUUUAUAGAAUGUUGUAACAAAUACUUUAUUGUUUGAGAACUGUUCUUCCUAAUGUAAUAUUUAAGGUAAUAUUCCAAGUACAGCCGUGGAAUGCAUUCGGUACCAAUCACUGGAGACACUGGGAUUUCCUUCCUUGAAAAUGAAUCUUUAAUUAGGUAUUGGAAUUGAUUAAAAACUCACUUUGUAAUCAGCAGCUUAACCAUA